AUGCCCCACAUUAUACGCCAGAUGUCUAGCUGCACCGUCCCCUCUCUUUGCAUCGCCCACAUCCUCAGCUCCAACCAGCUGGAGAAAUGUCCUACUCAAGUGAAGAUCUUCACCGUCACCGGCGCUGGUGGUCACGUUGUCCUGCAGGCGCGAGCGUGGUCUUUGGUGGGGGUAGGGGCGUAUCUGCCCAUGCGAAGGGGGAAAGGUUGGCCGACCACUUUGUCGUCUUCGGGAUGGAGAAGCAAUUGUACGAAGAAUACGGGUGCUAACGAGAUACACAGACUUCAUGCGAUCCACGUUCACUCUGAAGAGUUAGAGGUGGUCCAGGGAGCAGAGGCGGAAGGGGAAGACGAGGUGGUGCUGAAAGAGUCUCAAGGGGUGGGCGUCUGGAACCCAAGAGUCAGGGUGGCAAAGGCGGUUGUCCCAGAAACCCGGAAGCUUGUAGGAAUUGUCAGCGAGGACAUGUCCGAACCCCUCACCACCAGUGUACCCCUCAACAAUUCUGAACGACCCGCGUCUUCUCCCUCGCAGACGCAUGGGUGUUCGCCCCAUCACUUCCCUCUCCUCCCCUUUCUCGAGUAUCACAUCAGCCAAUGGUCCCGCGCCGCAGCGGGUGUUGCCAACUUGCACCAGCGCACUCGAGAGGCUUUGUUUUCUACUCCAGAACGUCAUCAACGACAUUUCCAUCAUGACGCCCAACACUACAAUGAUUACUCGAGUACUGUACUCGUACCCUCUGACUCCAACGUUACUCUUCGAGCUACUCUGACCGACCUUGUGAUCGGCUUCCCACCUCUCCACCAUCUCUUUACCAUCGACAAGCCUCCUCCUCGAUCUCCUUCAUCAAACGUCAUCCCCGACACCCUGGCCGAGCACUGCGGAGCUGUGACGGCUGUCUAUGACACCCGGCUAUACACUCCCACGGCGCCAAUUCAAUCUGCGGCAUCAAACCAACCAAUGGUCAUGAUACGGAUUAUCCUUGGAGAUGGCAAGAUAUUUGACGUGUCAAGUGGGGCAUCUGGGGUGUAG